GGGAUGUACAUGUUACCCUUCCAAGAUUUGAUCAUAUAGUCUUAAUUUUUUUUUUUUUUAAAGUUUCUAAUUUCUGGACUCUUUUAUUACAAAAAAAAGGCCUAGAGUUGAAUGAGUUCCAGUGGCGUCCAAGUAUCUUUCCCAGCACUCCAACUUGAAUUAAGUCGUGUGGAAAUAAUAAUUAAAAACUUAAAGGAAUUUUCCAUAUUAUUUUUGGUGAAAAAUUUAUAUUUUUCAGAUAUCUCAUUCUUUUUAAAAGAAGAAGAACUUUCCAAACCUUUAAAUGGAAAUAGUUUUAAAUCAAAAAAGCCUCGGCUUCGUGGCGCAGAGUUCCGCGCUGCAGUUCGCCCAAUAAUCUUGCAGGGCUUUCAGCUCACUUGUCGUGAGCUCGUCUCUAAUUCGGCUUAGUGUGAAAUACUUGGUUCGGAUCUCUUGUUUUGGCGUUUUCAGCUCAUUAUUGCGAAAUUUGAAGGAUGCCGGUGAAUCUGACGCCGAAUGCAAUCGCUGCGAUCAACGCCGGCGAUGUGAAUGCGAAGCCGCUAGUGCAGGUAUUGGACAUUAAGCUCAUAGGGAGCACGCAAGAGAGGUACAGAUUUCUGCUCUCCGAUGCCGUAUUGACUCAGCAUGCGAUGCUGGCGACUCAGCUCAAUGAUCGAGUUAAGAGCGGGGGAGUUCGGAAAGGAUCGGUGGUUCAAUUGAUCGAGUACAUAUGCAGCACAGUUCAGAAUCGCAAGAUUAUUGUUGUGCUGAACAUGGAAACAAUAAUACCAGACUGCGAAAUAAUAGGAAACCCGAAAAUGUUUACCGAGUCUGAUACUACUGCUCCAAAAGCAGUUCAGGGGUGCAACUUGGAGCAUGCAGGGAGCACCAGCAAUGGUAAUUCGAGUUUGAAAACGUCUGGAAACAAAAUGCAGAGUUUUCGCCCAACUGUUCAACCUUCAUAUCAACCACCACCAAAUUACAGAAAUCAUGGGCCAAUUUUGAAGAACGAGGCACCAGCACGCAUAAUCCCAAUUGCUGCAUUAAAUCCUUAUCAAGGAAGGUGGGCUAUCAAGGCAAGAGUAACCGUAAAAGGAGAUCUCCGCCGCUACAACAAUGCUAGGGGGGAUGGGAAGGUCUUCUCCUUUGAUCUACUCGAUUUGGAUGGAGGUGAAAUUCGAGUUACCUGCUUUAAUGCUGUUGUUGACAGAUUCUAUGAGAGUAUUGAGGUUGGCAAAGUUUAUAUGAUAUCAAAGGGUAACUUGAAACCUGCCCAGAAGAACUUCAACCAUCUUAAGAACGAAUGGGAGAUCUUUUUGGAGGCAACUUCAAAUGUAGAGCUUUGCCAGGAUGAGGAUGGUUCUAUACCGAAGCAGCUGUUCUCCUUUAGACCUAUCAGUGAAAUUGAGAAUGCUGAUAACAAUUCCAUUAUUGAUAUCAUUGCCAUUGUAAUAUCUGUGAAUCCUUCAGUCCCUAUCUUGCGAAAAAAUGGUACGGAAACUCAGAGAAGAAUUCUGAAUAUAAAGGAUGGAUCUGGUCGAAGUGUUGAGCUAACCUUGUGGGGCGACUUCUGCAACAGGGAAGGUCAGCAGCUGCAAGAGAUGCUUGAUUCUGGGGAUUUCCCUGUUUUAGCUGUUAAAUCCGGGAAAGUUAGUGACUUCACUGGGAAAUCUAUUGGAACAAUUUCUACCACCCAGCUUUUCAUUAAUCCAGAUUUUCAAGAAGCUCAGAGGUUGAGAGACUGGUUCGACCAUGAGGGAAAAAACACUGCAUCUCAAUCCAUCUCCAGAGAUGUUAUGCCUGGUGGACCUAGGAAUGAGAUACGUAAAACUGUGUCUCAGAUCAAAGAUGAAGGUCUUGGAAGAUCAGAUAAACCAGACUGGAUCACUGUUAAGGCAACCAUAUCUUUCAUCAAGACAGAUACUUUUUGUUACACUGCCUGUCCACUGAUGAUUGGAGAUAUACAGUGUAAUAAGAAAGUGACAAAGUCCGGAAACACGAGAUGGCAAUGCGAUAGGUGCAAUCAAGAAUUUGAUGUUUGUGAUUACCGGUAUCUUCUUCAAGCUCAAGUUCAAGAUCACACAGGAUUGACUUGGGUUACAGCUUUCCAGGAAUGCGGAGAAGAGAUCUUAGGUUGCUCAGCAAAAGAGUUGUAUGACUUGAAAUAUGAAGAACAGGAUGAGAUCAGGUUCGGUGAUAUUAUCCAAAGCAGACUCUUUAAAGAUUAUCUCUUCAGACUUAAAAUCAAAGAGGAAAUGUAUGGUGAGGAACAGCGGGUGAAGAUCACCGUUGUUAAGGCAGAGAAGGUGAAUUAUUCUGCAGAGAGCGGAUUUCUGCUUAAUUUGAUUCCGAAAAAUAGGCAAUAUUGAAUGAUCAUGAACCGCAGUAAAGGGUCCAAUUUUUUGUAGCUUUGGUUCGCUUAUAGAAUUACCACUUGGCACACAGAGUGACACAAAAUAUUGUUAGCGAUUCUACAAAUAAUUUUCAGGUUCGCGUAUAGAAUUACUACUUGGCACACAGGGUGACGCAAAAUUUUGUUAGUGAUUCAACAAAUAAUUUUCGUCGUCUCAUUGAUAUUGUAUUCACGCAAGCUGUAGUUUGUUGUAAUUCUUCGUACUAUUUGAAUUUCAUAUUUUUCUCCUAUUUCAAAUUCAAA